UUCCAAAUUUCCAAUAGCAGAGCGUUCAAAUAGAGAGGAUCGGCAGACGCGAGAACAGAACCAUCAACGAUCUGUCCCACCUCUCUCAGUCUUCUGUCUUCUUCAACAUCCCUCCUCUGAUAGAUUGAUGACGAUGAACGAGCGGAAGACAAUUGACUUGGAGCAAGGAUGGGACUUCAUGCAGAAGGGGAUCACCAAGCUGAAGAAUAUCUUAGAAGGGCUGCCCGAGCCACAGUUCAGCUCUGAGGACUACAUGAUGCUCUACACGACCAUCUACAACAUGUGUACUCAAAAACCUCCACAUGAUUACUCCCAGCAGUUGUACGACAAAUAUCGCGAUUCUUUUGAGGAGUACAUUAGUGCAACUGUGCUGCCAUCCUUGGGAGAGAAGCAUGAUGCAUUCAUGUUGAGGGAACUUGUUAGGAGAUGGUCAAACCAUAAAGUUAUGGUCAGGUGGCUGUCUCGAUUCUUCCAUUACCUUGAUCGCUACUUUAUAGCUCGGAGGUCACUUCCGCCCCUUAACGAAGUUGGACUCAUUUGUUUCCGUACUCAGGUCUAUCAGGAAUUAAAUGUAAAAGUGAGGGAUGCUGUGAUAUCUCUGAUUGAUCAAGAACGUGAGGGAGAGCAGAUUGACCGAGCUUUGUUGAAGAAUGUUUUGGACAUAUUUGUUGAAAUUGGAAUGACGCACAUGGAUUACUAUGAAAAUGACUUUGAAGAGGCCAUGCUUACGGAUACUGCUGCUUAUUAUUCCCGGAAAGCAUCAAACUGGAUUCUGGAAGAUUCUUGUCCUGAUUACAUGUUAAAAGCUGAAGAGUGUCUGAGACGGGAGAAGGAUAGAGUUUCUCAUUACUUGCAUUCAAGCAGUGAGCCCAAGUUACUUGAGAAAGUUCAACAUGAGUUGUUGUCUGUAUAUGCCAACCAGCUUCUUGAGAAAGAGCAUUCUGGAUGCCAUGCAUUGCUUAGAGAUGACAAGGUAGAAGAUUUGUCAAGAAUGUUCAGACUUUUCUCUAAAAUUCCUAAAGGCCUAGAUCCCGUUUCUAGUAUAUUUAAGCAGCAUGUUACUGCUGAAGGUACAGCUUUGGUCAAGCAGGCUGAAGAUGCGGUAAGCAACAAGAAGGCAGAUAAAAGGGAUGCAGUUGGUUUGCAAGAGCAGGUUUUUGUCAGGAAGGUGAUUGAGCUGCAUGACAAAUACCUAGCUUAUGUGAAUAAUUGUUUCCAGAAUCAUACUCUCUUCCACAAGGCACUCAAGGAAGCAUUUGAGGUCUUCUGCAACAAGGGUGUGGCUGGAAGCUCGAGUGCAGAGCUACUUGCCACUUUUUGUGACAAUAUUCUUAAGAAAGGUGGGAGUGAGAAACUAAGUGAUGAAGUCAUUGAAGAAACCCUGGAAAAGGUGGUAAAGCUUCUCGCUUAUAUAAGUGACAAAGAUUUGUUUGCUGAAUUCUACAGGAAAAAGCUUGCCCGGCGGCUUCUUUUUGAUAAGAGUGCUAAUGACGAACACGAGAGAAGCAUUCUGACAAAGCUAAAGCAGCAAUGUGGUGGUCAAUUUACCUCAAAAAUGGAGGGAAUGGUUACGGAUUUGACCCUCGCAAGAGAAAAUCAAACCAGUUUUGAGGAGUAUUUAAGCAAUAAUUCACAGGCAAACCCUGGGAUUGAUUUGACAGUUACUGUUUUGACAACUGGGUUUUGGCCUAGUUACAAGUCCUUUGACCUCAAUCUUCCAGCAGAGAUGGUUAGAUGUGUUGAAGUUUUCAAGGAAUUUUAUCAGACAAAGACGAAGCACAGAAAGCUCACUUGGAUAUACUCAUUGGGUACUUGUAAUCUUAUUGGAAAAUUUGAACCCAAAACCAUGGAGCUAAUUGUGACAACUUAUCAGGCUUCUGCCCUUUUGCUUUUCAAUACUGCAGACAGGUUGAGUUAUUCAGAAAUCAUGACUCAGUUAAACUUGACUGAUGAUGAUGUUGUUAGAUUGCUACAUUCUCUCUCAUGUGCGAAAUAUAAAAUACUUAACAAGGAGCCAAAUACAAAAACAAUCUCUCCUACCGACUACUUUGAGUUGAACUCCAAGUUCACUGACAAAAUGAGGAGGAUUAAGAUUCCUCUCCCUCCCGUGGAUGAAAAGAAGAAAGUAAUUGAAGAUGUUGACAAGGACAGACGAUAUGCAAUUGAUGCCUCAAUUGUGCGCAUCAUGAAAUCUCGCAAAGUUUUGGGUCACCAACAGUUGGUCAUGGAAUGUGUCGAACAGUUAGGUCGCAUGUUCAAGCCUGAUUUUAAGGCAAUUAAAAAGCGAAUUGAAGAUCUGAUUACUCGAGAUUAUCUUGAACGAGACAAAGAAAACCCCAACUUGUUCAGAUACUUGGCAUGACGUGCCCUUGUUAUUCAGCCUGAAGGGCUGGUGAGUAGUGUUCUGCGAGUUCCACAUCAGAAGUUUCGGUGCUUGGUAAAAAUAGAACAAACUUAUGUAAAUCUACUACCAUAUCAAUCCUCUUUCGGUGAUUGUUUAUAAGGAACUGGAGGAUACAGGCUAAUUUUGCCCGGGGCCAGGUUUGAAGAAUCUCGACAAGCUGUGUCCACAACGGAGAGAUUUGAAGCACCAACUCAGCCAUCCUCGUCUUUAUUUUGAUGCUAGCCCAUCUCAUGACAUUUAGUUCUCCGAGCGGAUGUAGUGUCCAGUGCUGGAAAGGCGUGGCUGUAGCUUUCAGCAAGAUUGUGGUGCUGGUCAAUACAAUGACGAAAAGGGUAGGAAAAAAAAAAUAAAGGUUGUGCUCUAGUAUUUAAAUAGAAGUCUGUUUCUGAUAUUGAUGAGGUCAAUAUAAAGAAUACAGGCAAAGUGGUUUCAAUCUUUCUGAAGGCUUUCUUCGGUUUGGCACUCAAUGGGGUGACAAAUCUUAAGGCCAUGCUAGCAUAAAUAACUUGGUCCUCAUGCGGCCCUUCCUGGAAGUGGGCCGUAAGCUCUCGAGACCAUAAAAAAGGGAAAAUACUAUUAGCUAGUUCGAACUUCAAACCUUAACGAUAUGCGUCCGCCCUAUUGCCCCGUGGUUUCCCAAUUCCCAUGUAAAUCAACUAACUCUGACUAAUCGUUAACUACCUCAAAAAUAUUUUUGUCUUUGGUAUAAAUGGCAGCAAAAUUGUACACUCUUUCACAAAGCAAGUAGUAGAGUUGGAUGGUAUUGUUAGAAGGAUGUUCUUGGAAAGCUCAGGCGUUGAGAAACACUGGGAGCUAGGAAACACAUGGACUCGACAAGCUAUCUGCUUAGGGUAUUUCUCAUCAAUGAAAAACUCUCUUCUUUCUGUGAUUGCUAGUUAAAAAUAUGUCGUGGUAAGAUUUUGAUGCCCUUGGUGUGUAAAUAAGCAAAAGCGUACAGUUGUGAAAUUCUGAUGGAAUGGAAGCGUCCGCUGGGAUGUCUCUUUUGCCUUUCA